CUGAAAGUCGUAUUUUUUUUUUUCCGGAAGAGAAAUCUGUCGAAUCGCUAUACUUGUCAUUACUUGUCAUCUGCUGAUCGUUACAUUGCAUUUUCUGUUUUGUCGAAUUAUUCCGGGAUAAAGAACACACAUACGGAAGGAAACGUGUUAUGUGACAUUUUAUGCAUUGGAUGCGUGCAUUUGCGAUUCGCAAUAAAUGGCCAACUCGCAGGACGUAAUCGACUGGGAAGAUCUCAGGAAGCAGGCGAGACAUUUAGAAAAUGAAAUUGAUGCAAAAUUAGUAGCAUUCAGUAAGCUGGGUAUAAAUACAAGUGCUAGACAUGUUAAUGCAGAUGAGAUUCCUCUUCUGGAUGAGGAACAGGUAUUUGAAAACAUGGCAUCGGAGAUAGAGACACUGCUUUCCAAAUUACUUUUCAUAAACGAAAGGAUGAGCGAAUUACAGCCAAAUGGAGCAGCUAUGUUGCAUACGAUGCAACGUCACAAGGAGAUAUUGAAAGAUUAUAAACUGGAAUUUAACAAGAUUAGAAAUAAUUUUAUGGCUAGAAAAGAUCGCGAGGAUCUCCUAGGCAGCGUUCGUAAAGAAAUAGACAAUUAUAAAAGUGCGAGUGGACUAAAUCGACGCGAAAUGUACCUCAAAGAAAACCAGCAUAUUCAUAACUCCGAUCGAUUAAUAAACGAUCAAAUAAGCAUAGCCAUGGAAACACGAGAUCAUUUAAUGUCUCAGAGACACGUAUUCAAACGUAUACGAACCAAAUUCAAUGAUAUCUCCAAUCGAUUUCCUGCGGUGAACAGUUUACUGCAAAGGAUAAAUUUACGUAAGAGAAGAGAUUCUGUUAUUCUCGGCCUCGUCAUUGGAGUUUGCACAUUCUUGAUGCUUUUGUAUGCCUUUCAUUAAACAAGAUUCAUAUCAAUACCAAAAAAAACCUUCCAUUAUCUGCAGGUAACGAUUAUUUCAGUGAAAUAUACAUACACAUAACAAUCAUUUCAAUGGGAAUAUACAUAUACUUUAAGAGGUAUUAUUGAAUUUAAUGAAUAUAGGGAAAUCUUAGUAUAUAGGGUAUGUGAAAUUAUAUAAGUGCGAUUAUAUAUCGCGAAAAAGUAUAUUCGACUAGAGUGCAAAGAACGUUUAUGUGUACAGUUUUUUUAUACUGAAGUGCAAAAGUGGAAUAUGCGAUAUAAGUAAAACUCCAAUCUAUGUUUGACACAUUAAGCUAAUAAAUGUUAAAAUAUGUAA